UCAUACAUUGAUGUAGAAACGGGCAUCACCUUCUACGGACUUGGCUCUCCCGCAUCUCCAACCGGCUACUCUUUUGGCAUGCUGCUACCUCAGAGCCCGACGACAGAUUUUAUCGCGCAGAUCAUCAGUCCCCUGACUGACGGCGACGGGUGGGGAGGCGUCAGCUUGGGAAGCUCCAUGGUUGGGCCCCUUCUGCUCGUCACAUGGGCCAAUGGGGACAAAGUCAUGUCCACCGCCCGCAUCGCCAACGGCCACACCCCAGACGCCGUCGUACCCUACACAGCCAACCCCAUAAUCAUCCUCCCCAUUGCACGAGGAACCUUCGUCAAUAGGACGCACGUCUCCUCCACCUUCCUCUGCAGCGGCUGCAUCAACAGCGACUCAUUCGACCCGGCACGGGCCGACGGCUGGGGCAGCAGCAACCACAGCGACGUCUUCUUCGGUUACGCCUUCUCCCAGACAGCGGUCGACCACCCGUCCGACAUCAACACCGCCCUCUCCGACCACACGGGCACGGGCUCCGGGUACGGCUCGUUCCGCGUCGAGUUGAGCGAUAUCAAGUCGGACGAGUUUGAGCACUACGCUGCGAUGGCA